UCAGCCCCCGAAGCCAGCGGCAGAAGUAAGCGGAGAUCAGGUGCCACACGACUCAUGACGGAAUUGGUUCAGGAUGUCUGUCCAUCCGUUUCCGAUUGGGUGGCCCGCUCUGAGGCACUCGACCCCUACGGCAAUAAGUUAACAAUUGUCCAAAGGAUCCCGAUCAACGGCACAGUCAUCAAUCAGUACUUUUAUGAAACUUUUUGCUCCUAUGAUGUCGACUCUUAUGGUUAUGACAACAAUAAUGGUAAUCAUAUGACCCCUCAAUGCCGUGGAAUCGAUAAAAAGGUAUGGAGUUCCCGGUGCAGAGAGAACUACAUCUGGACGUACGGUAAAGUGAUUACAAACACCGGAGACAUCGGUUGGUCAGUGAUAGCCAUUCGGGGGUCGUGUGGGUGCGGCAUAUGGCCGGCGCACCGGACAAAUGAGGUGAUGGGUGUUGGCAGAGGACGGCGGGUCAGUCCAAAUCAGGUGAAUGCUGAGGACAACCACUUACUUGUCGACCCAUUCUUUUAAACUGUUUUGUGGAAAGCCUACAAAAUACGCCAAAAGUCUAAUACAAAAAUGACUCAAAAU